GAACCCAGGUUGAUUGAUGGCCUGACAUUGAACUAGUGGCUUAAUUGAUCAUGAUGGAUGGGCCACUUGGCAAAACUGGCAGUCAUAUCCCUAUCGCAAGGAUACGAGCAGUCGUCUGAAGUUGGUGGCUUUUGCUGGACGGAUUGGUGUCUGGCUUCAGUCAGUCUCAGGUUACCAAGGCUUAUAUCUUUAGUCCGAGCUCCCGAACCUUUUGACAUUCGAAACGCAUGGAGCACUUGAUUGGUCAAAUGGAUUGGGGAUGGAGGGCACUCAAUUAGCGGAACAGGGAAGUGAUAAGCUAAUCUAAUUGAUAUCUUGGUAUCUCCCAGAUACCAAAAUCCAGUGACGCGGCGUACUUGCAUAUCAAACAGAGAGAGUUCAUCAUGGAUACGCUGAGGGCUCUCGAUCCGCUGCACCGCGUCUGCCAGGUGUGCAACCUGUGGCCAUGGCGCCUCGUCCCCCCACCAGACACCGAGGGCAUCCUGCUCCGCCGAUCCCGCUGGCUGGAGCUCUACGGCUGGACCGUGCUGACGGCGGCCAGCGGCUUCACUGCCUACGGCCUCUUCCGGGAGAGCAGCGACCAGGAUAAGUCGCAGGAGGAAGGAGAGGAAUCUUCGACCAUUUCCAGCAUUGGUCACACGGUGGACUUCAUCCAACUGGUGGGCAUGCGGGUGGCCCACCUGGCCGCCCUGCUCGAGGCUCUGUGGCAGCGGCAGGCGCAGCGGGAUUUCUUCGCAGAGCUGGUCGAGAUCGACCACCAGCUGUCCGAGGCCUUGAGGGUGGACGUGGAGGGCGUUCGCCUCCAGAUGCGCCGGCAUACGACGAGCCGGGCUGUAUGGAUGAUGUGGGGCUAUGCGGUCAGCCAGUUUCUCAUCCUGGGCGCCAAGCUGGUCGCCCCGGGCCACCGCUUCCCGGUGUACUGGAUCUUCUACCUAAUUCCCAUGCUCGUCUGCGGUUUGCGCUACUUUCAGAUCUUCACCGCCACCCAGAUCGUGCGGCAGCGCCUGGACGUGCUCCUCGUGGCCCUGCAGCAGCUCCAGCUGCAGCAGAAGAGCCCCGCGGUGGAAGCGGAGCCAGAGGAGCACGCCCAUCUCGAGCACGCGGCCAUGGAGCGGCUGAUUGCCGUCAGACUCGUUUACCAGCGGGUAUGGGCCCUGGUGGCCCUGCUGAACCGCUGCUACGGUCUCUCCAUGCUGAUCCAGGUGGGCAACGACUUCCUGGCCAUCACCUCUAACUGCUACUGGAUGUUCCUCAACUUCCGACAGUCGUCGGCCUCGCCCUACGACAUCCUGCAGAUCGUGGCCAGCGCAUUGUGGUCUGCCCCCCACCUGGGCAACGUGCUCGUCCUCUCGCUGCUCUGCGACCGAACUGCCCAGUGUGCCACUCGCUUGGCCCUGUGCCUGCACCAGGUGGAUGUGGAUCUGAGGAACGAGAGCCACAAUGCUCUGGUGAGUACAUCCCUCUAUCCUGUGUACAUCCCCGUGAUGAUCCCCGUUCUUCCCCAGAUCACCCAGUUCUCGCUGCAGCUGCUCCACCAGCGGCUCCACUUCAGCGCUGCUGGUUUCUUCAAUGUGGACUGCACGCUUCUCUACACGAUUGUGGGUGCCACCACCACAUACCUGAUUAUCCUGAUCCAGUUCCACAUGAGCGAGUCCUCCUUGGGCGGCGGAUCGAAUGGAGGCACUAACUAGCCAAGCGGAGAGACCCAAAAACCUUAUUUUAUGCACCAGACAAAACCCCUUUUAUUUUGAUAAAACAAUAUUUUAAUAACCUUAUAUUUAUUUUUAACAUGGAUUAAACAAAUAAUACGUCUACUAUA